UAAACCCCCGCUCUUAUCUCCUCUCUUACCGGCGGGUUGCGUCAUGCUGUGCCGGAGAGGUGAUGCAAGAGCCCGGCGCAGUGUGUUCACGUUUGCCACGCCUCCUCCCGGUGCGUUUCCUGCUUUCCACCGGCUAGACUUCUUCACAAACGCAAUGAAGUCACAGAGCGAGAACCAUCAAGACUCCUUUGUCAUCGUAUCAUCUUUAACCUCUGAACACGCAUCCGUCCAAUGAAGGGGGUGUGGACCUCCCCCAGGCAUUGCCCUCUGGGCCUAGUGCCUUUAUCCCAACUGAAGAGGAAGGGGCCAUACAGGAGGUGAUGUCAGAGGCUCUGUUGUCAGACCAGCAUGCAGAUCAUCUCACCAUGGCAAUGGGGAUGCAUCCCACCUACUUGGCCUGUUUUGUCCGCACCCAGCAUGCCCUGCUGCAGCUGGAUGGCCCUCUGCCUUUAUCAUGGAGACAUUUUAUAAUCAUCUUGGCAUCUGCACGUCAUCAGUGUUCGUACCUAGUGCGGCGUCACAGUUCUGCUUUUCUACUUGCUGGUGGGGAUGAGUCUUGGCUCAGGGGUCUUCACUGUGCACCACCUAAAAUACAGCACCUGCAGACUCUCAACAAACUACUUGCACACAGACCUUGGAUCAUCACCCAAGAACACAUACGGGAGUUAGUUUGUCCUAGUACGGAGGCUCGAUGGUCUUUGGCAGAGCUGAUUCAGGCUGUGGUUUUAAUGAGCCAUGCCCAUUCUUUGGCCUCCUUUGUUUGGGGUUGUGGCAUUCUCCCUGAGCCAGAGCAGUCAGAUGAUCAGCCACUCCAACCGUGUUCACCCACAGAGUCAUGUAGUUCUACCAGAAAUCAACAUGAGUGGCCUGGAGCUGUGAAUGAAGUUCAGCUUUUGAUGGAGAAAAUGAUGAUGGUGAAACAGCAAGGUGAAGAGUAUACGCAGGAAGAGAUGGUUACUCGCUUUGAAAGAGAAAGGACAGAGAGUCUGCUAGAGUCAGUGGAGGUUGUGAGCCCUGUCCUUCCUGACUGCAUCUCACGGUUUGUGGUGGAUGCAGAUUUUACCUACCAGGAUUUCAGUCCUAGAGGAGAACAGUCCCCCCCAACCAUGAGAGCUCAGGAUUAUUCAUGGGAGGAUCAUGGAUUCUCCCUGAUGAACAGGUUGUAUGGAGAGAUGGCUCAGCUUCUAGAUGAGAAAUUUCAGGUGGUGUGUGUGCUCACAUAUCACACCAUGGCCAUGCACUCAAACGUGGACACCUCCACACUCCGCAAAGCCAUCUGGAACUACAUUCACUGCAUCUAUGGCAUCAGGUAUGAUGACUACAACUACUGGGAGGUGAACCAGUUAUUAGAACGCAGUUUAAAAGUGUAUGUUAAGACAGUGGCUUGUCACCCUGAGAAAACCACACCGAGAAUGUACUUCUCAUUUUGGAGACAGUUCCGCCACUCAGAAAAGGUCCACGUGAACCUAAUACUGAUGGAGGCACGAAUGCAGGCAGCUUUACUUUAUGCUCUCAGAGCUAUUACACGCUACAUUACCUAAUCAACACAAGCUGAUCCAAAAACCAUUAAGACAAGGGAUGAACCAUAGAAACACU